AUGGCGCUGAACUCCCGUCGCCGGUCUUUUUGGAACGGUAGCUCCUUCCAGGCUCUUCUCAUCGUGCUGGGUGCUGUGCUUUUAGCCUUCAUGACAGCUUUGAUCGGGCUCUACCUUGCCCUUAGUGACACCGAGAAUGAGCGCACAACUGUGCAGCGCUUGCGCCGUGCGCAUUCAGCAACCCUCCAUGCAGUGGAGCGUGCUAGCAGGUGCCUAGACUCGCUUUCGAAGCAGCCAGAUUUGGGCCUUUUCGCUUUGACCGUUUCAUUGGACCAUGAGCCUUCCUUCGCGAAGAUGGAGGCCACUGUGCGCGCUUCGUCAACCGGGCAUCAGAUCAAUGUUUGGAAAAAGCCAGACGAUCCAAAGCAGAAGGUGCCCGUGGCGAAGAUCGCUGCACAUUUUCACUUUGCCCUUUUGCAAAGUUUCGAGGUGGCAAAGUAUGAGUUUGCAAUUUUCAUUGAGAAUGACCUGAUCUUAGCACCUGACUUUCUUUGGUAUUUUCGACUUGCUGCUCCAUUAUUGGACCGUGAUCCAUCUCUUUGGUGUGUCUCCUCUUGGAAUGACAAUGGCUUCCAAGAGAUUGUGUCUGACGAGCUCCGACUCUUUCGCACAGACUACUUUCCUGGCUUGGGAUGGAUGAUUCGUAACGACACCUGGGUACUGCUGCGGCCCUUGUGGCCAAGCUUCCCCAGCACUGGCUGGGACCACUGGCUCCGCCAUGGGGUUCCGGAGCUCCGCUCUCGCGACUGUGUAGCGCCUGAAGUACCACGGAGCAAACACGUGGAUACCAAAGGGACCAACGUCAAGGCUGGAAAUGGCAUUUUUAAGCUUCUGGAGAAGAUGGCCUUCAGCAAGCUGCCACAUGGUCAGUUGAAGGAGGUCUCAUAUUUGUUAAGGGACAGCUAUGAGGCUCACAUGCAAAAGCUGAUUCAAGAAGCAGCCUUGGUGAGCAAUGUGGAUGUCCUGAGGCUGAGAUCUACGGCUCAAUCAACGCACCAUUACAAGAUCCCUUAUGCGAGGGAGGACUUCGCUACCGUCGCCAAGAAGCUUCAGCUCUACCCAGGGCAGCCCAGAGGAGCUCGACGAGGUGUCAUCCUCACCCAACAUCCACAGUCGCGAGUGAAGAUCGCCCUGGUGGAUCGUCGUCAGGGUCGAGGACUUCUGCCUGAGAGCGAAUUGUGGCUUCCAGAUCCUGCGCAGGAAAUCAAGAGCGGGAAGCCAAAUGAGUCCUGCAACUACAUAUGCGAGGAGGCUGGCAUGAAGUGUGUUCGGCAGCAGCUGGAAUUCGGGAACCGCUGCGAAGUCCUCAAGCAGUUCUUCAAAUGCGAGAAUGGCUGUGGACAUCAAGUUGGGCGGGAGCUGCCCUGCUACGUGCAGGACAAGGACAGAGAUACGGCUCUGCAGUGCUUGAUCUCGGAUGAGGCAAGUCAGCCCGAUUGUGUCUUUGCAACGCUUUUGUCUUCGACAAGCUUCUGUGGGGACAGCAGUGGCAGCACCAGCAAACUUGAUCGGUUGCAGCAGACGUCCAGUCAGCGACUGCAGCAGUCAACACUUUCAAGGCAGAUCGGCACCAAGCUCCUGGCUUUGCCAAAUCAGCAGGAAGAAGUAGCUGCACCCAUCCCUGCAGAUGCCGCAGUGGUGCUGCUGCUGCAUCCUGGUGAAGGCUCACCAGGCUUUGGAGAGGUGCCUCACAUGGGCUCGGCCUUGACGGGUGGAAAACCCAGUUGGGCCCAAGCAGCGCAGCAGCUGGUGCAGCGCGUGCGCUGGGACUUGGGAAAUGAAGCUGUUGAGUUCAGAUCUAUGUCUAUCGCUGAGCUAUGCCAGGCUAACAAAUCUCUUCAUUUGGAGUUCAUUCUUGGUGUGGACCUGGAGCGUGAGCCGCCGGAGGAGUGUCAAGACAAAAUACAUGAGAUGCUUUCCAGAGCCUCGUCCAGAAUGUUUAUCACCAGUUCGAAGGACAGAAAUACGUGCUCCUUUUGGUCAUCUGAGACAAAAGUUUCAGGUGCCGGAGAGGAGGAGCUCUCAAAUCCAGGGCCUUUUGGCCUACAAGCUACACUUGGAGGUUACCAAGAGGCGGUGAAAGUGCGCAAUGAUGUCAUUGACUUAUGGCAUCGGCGGACGGCCGAAGAGGCCGUGUAUGCGAUCUUGCUCCUGAUUGACUCCGCGGUGACAAGCCUACCAUCCAUGGCUGCUCAGCGUCCAGUCCCCACGUCCGAGACGAUCGGACGAGCUAUAGAUCGGUGCCAAGAUGCAUUCAGAAAUUGCUUCACGCAGCCGCGGUGUUUGCAAAGCUUGGCAUGCCUGUCCCAGUGCGGCCUGGCAGACCAGUCAUGCUCAUAUCGCUGCAUCGUCUCGUACCAGAGCCAGGCUUUUACAGACUUCUCUUUGUGUGCCCUGCAGAAGCAGAACCUGUUGAACUCUCAGAUCGAGCGACCUCAAACACCCAGGGCAAAGCCAUUGGAGACCUUCAGAGGCCUCAGUGUUGGUUUCAGCCCAAAUUGGUGUGCUUCAAUUGUUUGUGCCAAUCAAUUACGGUCAACAGUCUUGCAGCCAGUCAACCUGGCAGUCUUUUGCUCUUCACCGAGUCGAUGA